CCAUCACCCCAUUGUUAUCUAGUGGAAAUGUCCGUCCCUCCAGCCACUGAGCUAAAGAGAUGGAGACUAGCCUCUACUAAUGGCCGACAGACCUGGAGCUACUGUGAAGAGGGGGAGGAGGAGGAGAGAGGACAAUCCUUUCUUGAGGAAACUGCUCUUGGACUAGCUGAGAUUGGUAGAGAGAGAGCCUAUCCUGUUAGUGUACUGGAGGCCAUUGAACUGGGACUGGACUACUACACUCGACUGCAGUCGGACGAUGGACACUGGUCAGGGGACUAUGGGGGACCGUUGUUCCUCUUACCUGGUUUAAUUAUUGUAUAUCAUGUGACUGGUCUCCAGUUUGAGGAUCAUCAAAGAUUAGAGAUGAUUCGUUAUUUGAGGAAUGUACAGAAUCCUGAUGGUGGGUGGGGUCUGCACAUUGCUGGCAAGAGCACUGUCUUUGGAACUGCUCUCAAUUAUGUGAGUCUCCGCCUGUUGGGGGUGGGGCCUGAUGAUAACGAGCUAAUUAAAGCAAGAGAAUUACUGCAUCAAAUGGGUGGGGCGGUUUGCAUUCCUUCGUGGGGUAAGUUCUGGUUAUCAGUAUUGAAUGUCUAUGACUGGUCAGGAGUUCAUACCUUGCUACCGGAACUAUGGAUAUUGCCCCAGUGUGUUCCUGUUCAUCCUUCCAAGAUGUGGUGCCAUUGUCGCCAGGUCUAUCUGCCAAUGGGAUUCGUUUAUUCAAAAAGAAUUAAAGCUAAACCAACAAAAAUAAUACUAGAACUAAGACAAGAGAUAUAUGUACAAAGUUAUGAGUCAAUAGACUGGCCCUCCCAAAGGAACAACGUCUCUUCUACCGACCUCUAUACUCCACACUCGCUGGCACUGGACUGGAGCUACUUACUCCUUGAUGCUUAUGAAUCUCAUCACAUAUCUCGUUUGCGUGCGUGGGCGGAUGAGGAGAUUCUUCGACAGAUCAAAGCAGAUGAUUCAUUCACUAACUGCAUCAGUAUAGGACCCAUAUCCAAAGUGAUCCAAAUGUUGGUAAGAUGGUUUGUUGAUGGACCUGAUUCAACUUCAUUUAAAGAGCACCUAUCAAGAGUACCCGACUACCUCUGGAUGGGUAGAGAUGGAAUCAAGAUGCAGGGUACCAAUGGAUCUCAACUGUGGGAUACUGCAUUUGCUGUACAAGCAAUACUUGAAGCUUCAUCAUUUGACACUAAUAAACACAGUCAUUCUUUGUCAAUGGCCCAUAGCUUCCUAUUAAGCACACAGGUACCUGAUAAUCCUCCAGACUAUAAGAAGUACUACAGACAAAUGAGCAAGGGUGGGUUCCCUUUCAGUACCCUGGAGUGUGGCUGGAUUGUAUCGGACUGCACUGCUGAAGGUUUAAAGUCUUUAAUGUUACUAGAAGAAGAAUGCAGGAGUUUUAUAUCAAACGGAGUCACUGUCAGUAAAAUGGAGGAUACCAUAAAUGUGUUAUUAAACAUGCAGAAUUCUAAUGGUGGGUUUUCAUCUUACGAAACCAACAGGGGCGGAGCUAUUCUUGAACUACUUAAUCCUUCGGAAGUUUUUGGUGACAUUAUGGUUGAUUAUACUUAUGUUGAAUGCACUUCUGCUUCUCUUCAAGCAAUCAACCAUUUUAAUAAAAGAUAUCCACAACAUAGACCAAAGGAAAUACAGGAGUGUCUUUCAAGGGGUCUGGAGUAUAUAUUAAAUAUUCAGAGACCCGAUGGUUCCUGGGAAGGGAGCUGGGGCGUGUGCUUCACUUACGGUACCUGGUUUGGGCUAGAGGCAUUGGCCUCCAUGAACAGAAGAUAUGAUUAUGGCACUGCUGGUAGCGAAGUGAAAAGGGCGUGUCAGUUUCUUGUUGACCAUCAGAUGAGUGACGGAGGGUGGGGAGAAGAUUUUGAAUCAUGUGAGAAGAGAGUUUAUGUUCAGUCGGAAGAAUCUCAAGUGGUCAAUACUUGCUGGGCACUUCUUGGACUAAUGGCCGUUAGGUAUCCUCACACUGAUGUCAUUAAAAAUGGAAUAAAAUUGAUAGUGUCCAGACAGUUGGACAGUGGUGAGUGGAAGCAGGAAGGCAUCAAAGGUGUCUUUAAUAAAACCUGCGCCAUUACCUACACCUCCUACAAGAACGUGUUCCCCUUGUGGACAUUAGGAAGGUUUUAUAGUCUAUACAAGGAAUUGUGAACUUGCUGUUUGCUGCCAUUUUUAAUAUUAUUUUUUAAUAUUUAUUUACAUUGAACAAAGAGAAAGAGGACAUUAUUA